UUGAUUCCAAACCCUCGCCGGCUAAGUUGAAGAGCCCGCUUCCACCUAGGUCUCCCUCUUCUAACCCACUUAAGCGGAAGGUAUGAAGACCGUUCCUGAGAAUUCCAUCUCUGGAUUGUCUGAUUCGGGUAUGAAGGUGGUAGUGCGCUUGCUGCCGCCAUCCAAGGACGGAGAUGAAGGGGAUAAUAUAAUACAAAAGGUUAUGUGUCGAUGAAGUUAGCGGACAGUGGGCAGAUGCAGAUGAAUUCUUUAAUGAGGAACAGGCUAUGUGAAAGAGACCAGGCUAUUCGCAAACUGGAAAGGGAAAUAGAAGAUAAAGAUAGGGAAUUGCAAUCAAUUAAAUUAGACAACGACGCAGCUUGGGCCAAGGAUGAUCUUCUGCGGGAACAAGAUAAGGAAAUAGCAACUUAAAGUGGAAGAGGCACUAUCAGCAUUGACAUGUACAUGUGAUUUUAAGCAAGAACCAGGAGAGUGAGAGUUUUAGUGUGCCGUAUUUAGAAUUUGCCGAUAUCUUUUUCCCGUUUCAGCAAGUAUUCCUGAUAGUGGGGAUUCUUCGAGUAAUGCUAGAUAUUGGUUCUAACAACGAGAAGUUACUUAAUGAUCCUCUUUGAUUUAUUGGAGUUGAGGAGUCCCACAAUCUUUAUGUUCUGUUUGUUUCUCCAUCACUUUUUCAAGGCUGUUCAAUUGGAGUUCCAUCUUCAGGUUGACAUGAUUGUCUUGACAGAUGGAAGUCGUAUUCUUGGCCUCGGUGACCUUGGAGUUCAGGGAAUAGGAAUACCUAGAUUGGAGGGAGAAGAGUAUCUAUCAAUUGUUGAUGAUUUUAUGGAAGCCGUGCAUACAUGUUGGCCUAAAGCUAUUGUUCAGUUUGAGGAUUUUCAAAUGAAAUGGCCUUUUGAAACAUUACAACGUUAUCGUAAGAGGUUCUGCAUGUUCAACGAUGACAUACAAGGAACUGCUGGUGUUGCUCUCGUUGGACUAUUGGGAACUGUGAGAGCUCAAGGGCGGCCAUUGAGUGAUUUUGUUAACCAAAAGAUAGUAGUGGUAGGGGCUGGAAGUGCAGGGCUCGGUGUUCUUAACAUGACUAUUCAGGCUGUUUCGAGAAUGGCAGGGAACAACGAUUCUAGUUUACUUUAUCAAAAACAAAGAAGAAAAGGAAGGGACCACAAGAAAUCAAUGGUGGAAUCGAUCAGGCAGGGUGUGGAAAAUUACAACUCAGUUUUUGUUUUCACUGUUGAGAACAUGAGAAACCUCAAGUUCAAGGAACUCAGGGAGCAGCUGAAGUCAGCUAGCAGCAAGGAGCAGCUGGCAAACAAAUUUCUUUAUGCCAUAAAUGCGGAUGCUGGUUUUGAUCUAAGCUAAUGGAUGUUGUUGUUUUACCCUUCUUCUUGUUGAUAUACCUUUCGUAACAUCCUUUCAUCCCUAAUCUCAUCCUCGACCACAACCACUGCUUUGACCACGAUCGUCUCUCCGAAGAUUUGUGAGACAGUUCCAUUAGGUUAUGGGCACUAAGUGGUGAAACAUUGAUGGAGAUGGUUGGUGACACUUCCAUUGUGUAUUCAGUGGAUUCACAUGCUUCCGAAGUCAUUGUUAGUGGGAGUGAAGAUUGUUCGGCAAAGAUAUGGAAAGAUGGAAUUUGUGUCUAGAGCAUUGAGCAUCCUGGUUGCGUUUGGGAUGCCAAGUUUUUGGAAAAUGGAGAUAUUGUCACAGCUUGUUUAGAUGGAGUAGUACGUGUCUGGACGGCAGAACAGGAAAGAAUUGCUGAUCCCCAAGAAUUGGAGUUAUUUGCUUCAAGACUGUCUCAGUAUAAGUUGAAGAGGUGCCCCACAACAGCUGCCACACACACACACACACACUCACAAAGAGGAAGUUCCAAAAUCCUUUGGAAGAGGGUUGGAGGAUUGAAAUUGGAAGAAUUACCUGGGAUGGAUGCUUUACAAAUUCCAGGUCUGGUUACACUAUUCCAUUUUAAUAAGAAGCCAAGAUGCUAUCCGCUUCUAUACCUUUUUCCUUUUACCCCUUAAUUUCAUGAAUCUUUGUUGCAAAGUGGAUGGGUGGCAAGGUUUUCUUUUUCUUGAUAUUUGUGAGAUUCUAGGCCAGCUCACACACCCUCGACUAAUCUCAC